UUUUUAAACAGUGCGCUACUGCUUAUUUGAUCGUGAGUCCUCCGAAUUGUUUCUGUAUUAAUUCGGAUAAUAAAACCUUAAAAUUAGCCUAGCAAAUACUGUCACCUAAAAUAUAUGGUAAAGCUUAACUUUAAGCAGCAGUAAGUACCAAUGGACAAUCAUAUAUAUCAUAUGUCACUAAAUUCAGACAAAAUCCUGUGCAUUCGAACUCAUUUUGUUUGCUUUGCAGCUGCAUCCAUUGUAGGGCACCAUUCAUUGUUACUGUCAAAGACUUGGCCGUUCAACCGGUGACACAUGCAACAUCGUAUGUAUUACACUGCUCCAGCUAGAUUGACUUAUACUUCAUCUGUGUUGUAAUUUAUGUGUUUUUUAUCUGGUCAACCCUUCUCUGUUGACUAUACAUCGUUUGGUUGUAUUACUUCCACUGAGCGAUGUCUUGUUUAUUUUUAACGUGAUAUUUAUAUGUGAAUUCUGACGAUUUGGUCUAAUUCUGAGUAUUAGUGACUCGCUUAAUCAAAUUAUAAUUGUAGUACAGUUAAACUCAAGAGUUUAGUUUAUAUUCGUCUACAUGGAAACAGACCAUACUCAGAUAAUGGCUGGAUAACUUAUUCAUUUACGGAAACCGUAGGAUGAAAUGGAUAGAAAUCAAAUAUCCAAAACACUACCUGAUCAAUAGUACCUACACACAGUUCUCAUUACAUUUUGUGUUGGUGAAGUUGUGGGUCUGAUGGGGUGUCCAGAAUCCAAUAACUCUUGGUUUUCACAUAGUGGAACCACUUAAAGAGUGACAUUUUCAGAUGUAAACGGUGAUGCGAUUGAUACGUUCAGGUAAGUUUAUCUAAUUGCUGUCAUCACUUCAUGGAAAUAAUUAUAUCUUCUAGAACCAUAGCUUACUGGUUUAAGAAUUCGACUGCUAACCAGUGGGUCACAAUUCUAAAGCUCAUCUUCGGUAGUAUGUUCAGCUCACAUUUGCCUCAAUUUUUGAAUGUAAGCGUGGUUGCUUGAUUCCGUCUUAGCUUAUUAUUUGAUUUAUUUCUCCACUUCACUGGUUGUGUAAGUUAUUUAAUCACAACAACUAGCAGCAAUUCUCCAACUUUCAUUGUUACUGUUAGUAUUACCUUUUCUACAAAGAAAUAGAGCUUUAUUAUUUUAUAUUUUUGUACCAAGUAACAUUUAAAUCAUGUUUAUAUUUCAUUUUUAGGUCAGGUUGUUGUGACUUCGAUGAUACAUCACAUGAUAACCUUAAGUAGCAGACAAUGUUUUCGCUACGUCACCUACCUGUCUAAACGUUUAUUAAGUAUUGGACAAUUGAAAGAAAAAAGUCUAAUAUGCCUUCAUGGGUCGAGUUUUAACUGACACGUUUAUCUAUCAUACUGAUCGAUUAUCACCGGGUGAAUCUAAUUAUAUCAUCGAGGUUGAUAGGGCUUAUGCCCCUGAACUUGUGAAACACUUGUCGCGAUAUAAUUUACGCGGAAAAGUUAAAAUUGAUACUAGUUUGCAAAUCUCUCCAUGGAUUGCUAUGCCAACAUCCUAUCAGUUGAACAAUUCCAAAGCAUGGUUACCAGUUAACUUAUUUGACCUCAAUGAUCAACGACAAUUAAUAUUUUAUGCAUCAGAUCCUAGAGGUAUACCUGGAUGGUCUGGACGUAUUUUAUCAAAAAGUGAUGCGAACGUACAGAAUAUCUUUCCAUCAUGUGAUACAGCACCACUUGAUUUGGCAUUAUAUCAUCAAGCACGUUGGAAAUUAGGUCUACCGGAAGGUGUUGAAGAAUUCAUUACAAAUGAUACUUUACCGUUUGAAGCAAACACUGAUUUAUCCGGUGGAGUUAGUUUCUCGAAAGGAUGUUAUAUUGGUCAAGAGUUGACAGCACGUACACACUUCACUGGAGUUAUACGUCGAAGAUAUGUACCAGUUAAAAUAAUAUCAAUAGGCAAUGCAGACGUAUUAAAAUCACCGAAUAUAUUAAAAGAUUUGUAUAAUGCCCCAAUAUAUCAAGUGAACGAAGAUUAUCAAUUGAUCCAGUCGAAAUUAAAACCAGUUGGAUGGAUUCGAGGUGUUAAUCUAUUGAAUAUUAUUACUACCAAUACUACUAAUAAUAAUUAUGAUGAUAUAUACAUGAAUAUUGAUCAAAAUCAUUAUCCAGUUAGUGGGAUAGCAUUGAUACGUUUAACUGAAGCAGGUGAACAACAACAACAAUGUAAACUUAUAGUUACACCACUGUCAUCGUCGUUGUCGUCGUCAUCUACAGGGAAUACUGAUGAAAUAAAAUUACAAAUUAUACCCUAUAUACCAGCCUGGUGGCCAGAGGAUAUAGCACCACAAAUCAAACGACUUGUUUAUACUUGAAAAAAACUUUAUGGUUGUGUUCUUUUUUUAAAAAAAAUCACAAUAAUUUUGUUUAUAAUUUAGAAGUGUCACUUGUGUAUAAUAUUGAUUAAUACUGUAAAUAAUAUAAAAGCAAAGAUGUUCAUCAGUGGAAAGUUACACUCCUUCCUCUUUUUGGGUGAUAUCAUUGUCAAGCUGUAGUUAAUUGUC